AUGGGAAGACCGUUUCACACAGCAAUCAAAAUUGGGGAAAUGGUCGAAAGUUGUCUCAAAAUAGGAGGGAUCGUGAGUCAGGCAGCAAUCAAAGCUACCACACAGGCCAUUCAAGGUGGUUCAACAAGUUUUGGAAAUCGUAAAAGGAAAGAGGAAGUUAUUUCACUGGCAUCAGGGUCAAGGGGAGCUCAAAGAAAGUCUAAUUGUCCUUACACAUCAGUUCAGGGGCAACUAAGCUAUCCUCAGCAUUACUACGCUUAUGCCUCUCAAUAUCUAGUAUCUCCAUCUCCGUACACGGUCUUAAAUGCUCAGUCAUAUGUGCAUCCUCCCAAUCGCCCACAUUUUUUAGCCCCAUCUCAAGGAAACUUUCGCCCUCAACGGCCACCCUAUCAGGUCCCUUACAACUCUCCUCUUAUGCAGAAUUAUGCUCAAGAUCAAGCACAGAAAAAGAAAUUCACUCCAUUGGGGGAGUCGUACUCCAUCUUGAUUCAAAAGUUAAGAAAGAUAGGAGUGAUUGAGUGUAUCCCACCACAUCGUCUGAAUCCAAAUGCUCCAGGACACAGCACUGAUAAUUGUUGGACCUUGAAGGGAGCAAUAGAGAAGCUGAUCGAGCAUGGAGUUGAUGUUGUGACAGAUGAUCAAAACACUCCCAACGUGACCACUAACCCACUUCCAGCUGAAAACAACUUAGUGGGUAUGGUUUGUGAUGAUAAAGAGUACAAACUCCUCAGAAAAAUGGGAAAGUUGUUUAGGAAGAUCGGAGAAGAAGAUAAGUCAAUGAAGAGUUUAAAACCAGUUGCAUCUCUGAGUGCGGAAGGUGUCAAUCUUGACACCAAAGUCUUGUGCGUCUCGGGGGUUUCAAAGGGGAUUGAUGUUCAAGCAGCUAUGCCAAAGUUGUAUUUGAAAGAGUCUAUUUUUGUUAAGCCCGUUCAACAACUUCCAGUAAUUGAUUCAAAGGCUAUCCCUUGGAACUAUAAAAAAACCGCAGUGGUCUAUCAAGGAAAGGAGAUUGUCGAAGAAGUUGAUGAAGCGGGGGGGUUGACACGCUCUGGAAGAUGUUAUUCUCCAAAAGAAUUAAGAAAAGGCAAGAUGACUGAAAAUAUCCAAGUACCACUAAAUAAAGCAGUUACUGAAGAAGAAAAUGUAGAAUUUCUAAAAAAGCUUAAGGUUCCAGAUUACUCUGUCGUGGAACAAUUGAAGAAGACGCCUGCACAGAUUUCACUGUUGUCUCUAUUUUUAAACUCAGAAGAACAUCGUCUUGUGUUGAAUAAGGUUUUGAAUGAAGCACAUGUGCCAAAAGAGACCACAGUAAAUCAGUUGGAGAAUAUGACCAGGCGCGUCUUCGAGUCAAACACCAUCACUUUCACUAAUGAUGAGUUGCCCAAGGAGGGAGCUGGACACAACAAAGCUUUGCAUCUUACAGUGACAUGUGAAGGUUACUAUGUAAAGAGGGUCAUGAUAGAUGGAGGGUCAGGGGUAGACAUAUGUCCUCUUUCUACGCUGCAAAGCUUGAAAGUUAACACUGACAAAAUUCGCCCCAGUAAUGUAUUUGUGCGAGCUUAUAACGGCUCAAGGAGGGAUACCAUUGGUGAAAUCAAGUUAAACAUGACAAUUGGGCCGGUAGUCUUUACGAUUGUGUUCCAAGUAAUGGAUAUGGAAACAUCUUAUAAUUUUCUACUAGGAAGGCCAUGGAUCCACAUGGCUCGAGCCAUCCCAUCAACUCUACAUCAAGUUGUCAAGUUUGAAUACAACAAUCAGGAAAUCACUGUUCAUGGGGAAGAUGAUUCACCUAUUUACAGAGAUCCAUCCGUCCCAUACAUUGAGGCAAAGGAAGGAUGUGAUUCUGUUGUUUACCAGUCUUUUGAGGUUGUAUCAGUCGAUCGCUUUAAAGAAGGAGAAUCUAUCAUCCAAUCAUGUAUCUCUUCUUCCGCUUCAAUGGUAGCAAUGACGAUGCUCAAAUAUGAUUAUCAACCCGGUAAUGGUUUGGGAGUAUAUUCGCAAGGAAUCGUGGAUCCCAUUACUCUUUUAGGAAACCAAGGCACCUCUGGCCUCGGCUACAAACAAAGCAAGAGAAAUGAAGAUAAAGCUAAGAACCACAAAAGGAUUGAUUGGUCGUUACCACAAUCGAUUCCCCAUAUAACUCAUUCUUUUAUCAAACCUCAGGGUCCAGAAUUGAAAGAUCCAUUCAGUCUUGAAGACAUUGAAGAAAUUAUUGAGGAUCUCAGUCAGUUGUUUUGUGAAGUAAAUAUGGUCCAAGUUGGUGAAGGCACAAGUCAUGCCAAUAUGCAGCUCGUGGGCUCAGGUGUUGAGUUAAGCAAUUGGGAAGCCACUCCUUUCCCCAUAACGAAGGAGUCGUGUCAAGAGGUGGAAUACGAUGAAGUAGAGGCUUUUAGGGAAAUUAAUAGGGAACUGGAACAGUUUGAGCACAAACCGAAGCCUAAUCUUAGUGAAACUGAGACAAUCAAUAUGGGAAGUUCCGAGGAUGUUAAGGAAAUAAAAAUAAGUUUACAUAUUAAUCAGGAAAUUAGAGAGGCAAUUAUACAACUUUUGUUUGAAUACAAAGAUGUAUUUGCUUGGUCUUAUGAUGACAUGCCAGGUUUGAGUGUUGAUUUAGUGGUUCAUAAGUUGCCCGUUUAUCCUGAUUUUCCACCCGUCCAACAGAAAAGAAGGAAAUUCAAACCGACCGUGAGUGAAAAAAUCAAGGAAGAAAUAAUGAAACAAUUGAAUGCAAAGGUGAUCCAAGUUAUUCGUUACACUACUUGGUUGGCAAAUGUUGUUCCUUUGCCGAAAAAGGAUGGAAAGACAAGAGUUUGUGUUGACUAUCGGGAUUUGAACAAGGCUAGUCCAAAAGACAACUUUCCAUUGAAAAAUAUCCACAUCCUAGUUGAUAAUUGUGCAAAACAUGAGAUGCAAUCUUUUGUGGACUAUUAUGCGGGGUAUCAUUAA